UUCUCUUCACGCUUCAUGAAGCGUAUGGGUUGCUGCGGCUCCACGCUGCGGAAGCCGGUCCACGCGGAGAAGCGACCUCCUCCCCCACCGCCGACGCCGCUGACUCCGCCGACUCCGCCGCACCGGCCGUCCUUCUCCCUGAACGCGCAGCAGGCCGCGCAGCCGCCGCCGGGAGCGUGCGGGGGGGAGGUCCUGGCGCUCGCGGAGUUCUCGCUGGCGGAGCUCCGCGCGGCGACGGGCGGCUUCGCGGCCAGUAACAUCGUGUCGGAAUACGGGGAGAAGGCUACGACCCUCGUCUACAGGGGCCGGCUAAAGGGGGCCGCCGCCCGCCGCUCCAUCGCCGUGAAGAAGUUCUCCAAGCUCGCCUGGCCCGACCCCAAGCAGUUCAAGGAGGAGGCGAGAAGGGUGGGCAAGCUGCGGCACCGGAGGCUUGCGAACCUUAUCGGCUACUGCUGCGACGGGGACAAUCGGCUGCUUGUGGCCGAGUUCAUGCCAAACGAUACCCUCGCCAAGCAACUGUUCCACUGGGAAAACCAGACCAUUGAAUGGGCUAUGCGUCUGAGAGUUGCGUACUACAUUGCUGAAGCUUUGGGAUAUUGUAGCAAUGAGGAACGCUCUUUAUAUCAUGACCUAAAUGCAUACAAAGUCCUCUUUGAUGAGAAUGGUGAUCCUCGUCUCUCAUGCUUUGGUCUGAUGAAUAACAGCAGAGAUGGGAAGAGUUUUAGCACAAAUCUAGCAUACACACCUCCAGAAUAUCUGAGAAAUGGUAGGGUGACACCAGAAAGCGUCAUAUUCAGUUUCGGCACUGUACUCCUUGAUCUUGUCAGUGGAAAGCACAUACCUCCUUCCCAUGCACUUGAUAUGAUAAGAAACAGAAAUAUCCAAGCACUAAUGGAUUCACAUUUGGAGGGGAACUACUCAACGGAAGAGGCCACUACUUUGGUGAAUUUUGCUUCUCAAUGUUUGCGGUACGAACCAAGAGACCGACCUGAUAUAAAAAAGCUGGUUUCCAUUCUUGAGCCCUUGCAAGCAAAAUCAGAGUCUUCCUAUGAUGAAGAAUUCACCCUACCUUCGGAGAGCACCAUCAGCACCUUAUUGUCUUCUUUAGACAUGAAUGAUCAAGCAGCUGAUUUUAAAACCUUGGAGGGCAUAUUGGGUGAUUCAAAUGCAAAUCCGGCAAGGUUAUCGUACCCAUUUAUAAAAUCCAUCACAAAAGAUUUCUCUGAAGAGAUCGGUCGCGGUGGGUUUGGAGUUGUUUACAUGGGACAUCUCGGGGCUAGGAGGGUUGCUGUGAAGAAACUUUCCAUACCGCAGGGCUUUUCUGACAAGCUCUUUUUGGAUGAGAUUAAUUGUUUAAUAAAGACGAAACAUGAUAAUGUAGUGAGAUUUCUAGGUUAUUGUUCGGAUUCACAUGGGGAAUUGGUGUCAUCAGACCGAAGCCAUGUGAUGGCUGAGGUACAUCAAAGGUUGCUAUGCUUCGAGUAUGUUCCCAACGGAAAUCUUGAGAAACAUCUCAAAGAUAAGUCUCAUAAUAACGAAUGGAAAAUACGGUACCAAAUGAUUAGAGGAAUUUGUCAUGGUUUGAACUACCUUCACGGACAACGCAUUAUUCAUUUGGAUCUAAAACCCGAAAACAUUCUUUUGGAUGCUCGGUUGGAGCCAAAGAUUACAGACUUUGGGAUAUCAAAAUGCUUUGAUGAAGGAAUAUCAAGAGUUUAUACUGAAACCUUUCGUGGAACAUUGGGAACUAUUGCACCAGAGACCAUACACAAUCGAGAAAUAACAUUCAAGUCGGACAUCUAUGGUUUGGGUUUUAUAAUAAUAAAAAUAUUAACUGGGUGUACCAACUAUGAUUUUAACAAUUGGCAUACAUCCUUACACGUGGAUGGACCACAAGUGAAGAGCUGCAUAGAAUUAGCUCAAAGAUGUGUGGCUAUUGAUCAACAUAAGAGACCAACAAUUGGUGAAAUCAUGCAAAAGUUGAAUGAGAUGGAGAGGUUGUGAUUCAGAAACGCAGCACCAUCAUUAUUCCAGCACUGUAAGCCCGGGUGGCAGGAUGGCCUUUUCCUCGUGCGUUAGGGGCUCAGAUCGUGGCAGUGGGGCUGAUCUCGGACUCCUCAGCAGUGAUGGCAGGGCAAGGGUGGCCAGAGUGUGGCAGCGGGAUUGCGGAUGCAUUGGCAGGCGAUCGCGUUGGGUGGUGGCGGCCAUGGAUGCCACUCAACCUCCGACACUUUCUGGUUGGAUUUGGCUCACGGUGGUGCUCCUGGUCUUAUCCGCACCACGAGGACGCCCGGGGCAGUUACCCUGGGCUUGGCGGUGGUGGUCAUCUCCUCCGUCGGACUGUCGGAGGUGGUCGGCCCGAGGCUGGAUUGGUGGGUCUCGAGAUCCAUCAUCUAAUCUCGGCUGCGAGUUGAGGAGCCAUAGUCCGGACAGGGGUCGGAGACUUUAUUAUCCUUGCCCAGGGGUUCUCGGUAUCCCUUCGUAGGUUAGCUUGGUUCACUUUUGCGGCGCUUUGUUGGACACUCUGGAACAUUCGUAACAAGUUAGUCAUGGAGGGGAAGACGAUCUCCAGCCAGGGCCGGUCCUAUGAUUUCGAAGGGCCGGUCCUAUGAUUUCGAGGGCCCGGGGCGAAACAAAAAAUUAGGGCCCUUAAAAUAUUUAUUACAUAAUAAUAAAUUAUUUUCACCUUCUGAUGCAUAAAGUUAUAGAUAUCGGUUUAAAUUAUCGAUAAAUAUCUAUGCGUCGCUUGACUAAUUAUUUUUCACCGCCCAAUUAAUAAAUUUAAGAUGACACGACUAUUUGAUGCGAUUUUUUUUUUGAUAAAUCCGAGCUUUGGGGGAAACUAUUUUUUUGUCCGAACCCUUCACAAAUCUAUUU